AUGGGGACCUCGCUGUCCUCCCCAGUUAAGGUAGCUCUUCAUGAGCUUCUUGAUAGUAAAGGCUUGAAAUUUAAAGAUCAAGCUUUGGAGCAAUUUCUUAGUGAGGUGGAAAUGUUGGCUCCGUGGUUUGCAGUGUCAGGAAACCUGUCAUUAGCCUGCUGGGAUAAAUUAGGAAGGGAUCUGGACCGAGCAUGGGAGGAGGGUAAUCUGCAGGACAAAAAGGGAAAGACGGGGGUGCGAGGGAUCUGGAAGGUUAUUCGCACCUGCUUGACUAGUGAGGAGUGUGUUCCUGCCAUUCAAGCAACAAUGGAAGCAUUAGAGCAAGUGAAAGAGAUGUGGUCAGAGACUCGAUCUACUAGCUCAAAACAGUCAAAAGAGAGAGAAAAGGGAGGAGUACGAGGAGUCUGGAAGCUUGUAUGUAGCUGUCUAGAGGAUGAAAGAUGCUGCCUAGCGCUAGAGAAAACAACUGAAGCACUAGAACAGCUAAAAGAGGAGGAAAUCUCUGAGGGUGAAUUAGAGAAACUAGAAAUAGAAACGAAACUGGAAAUAGAAUCAACUGCACCAGGGCCGCCCUGGCCGCCUCCGAACAAUCCUACUGGAGGUUUGGGAAGGAGUUUUUGUCUUGAGGCCUGGAGGGAGUUAAGAGCACAAUAUUUUAUGGUUGCUAUUUGCAUUAAUGGCUUAAACUGCUUCUUUAAAUUUCUUGCCUGGAUUUAUACGGGUUCAGCAAGUAUGUUCUCAGAAGCUAUACACUCAUUAUCUGAUACUUGUAACCAGGGUUUGCUAGCACUAGACAUCAGCAAGUCUAUUCAAACACCAGAUUCUUCUCACCCAUGUGGCUUUUCAAAUAUGCACUAUAUUUCUUCAUUGAUUAGUGGUGUUGGUAUUUUCAUGAUGGGUGCAGGACUCUCUUGGUAUCAUCGAGUCAUGGGAUUGCUUCAUCCUCAACAAAUGGAAUCCCUCCUAUGGGUGUAUUGUAUUUUAGCAAGAUCUUUGGUGUCUGAAGGAGCAACACUUCUUGUUGCCAUAAGUGAACUUCACAGGAGUGCUCAGGCCAAGGGCACGUCAUUUUAUAAGUAUAUCAUGGAAAGACGUGAUCCGAGUACAAAUGUCAUUCUGUUGGGGGACGCUACAGCUGUUUUAGGAGUGAUAAUCUCGGCUACCUGCAUGGGCCUUACCUCCAUAACAGGCAAUCCAUUGUAUGACAGCCUGGGUUCCUUGGGUGUGGGCAUCUUACUAGGUGUGGUCUCGGCAUUCCUCAUCUAUACUAGCACAGAAGCACUCCUAGGACGAUCUGCGGCUGAUUGA